AUGACUCCUGCUCCACAAAUGUUCAUACUCAAAAGGGGUGCACCAUUGUUCUCUUUCUGGAAAAGACCAAUUAUAAAAAGCAAUAGGGAAGAAGAAAAGAGAAGCAUAUACACAAAGAGGUGCUACCACAAGAAUAUGGCCAUGGAAACUGCUAAUGAAAUUAUAAAACAAGUUGUUCCAGUUCUCAUGGUUCCUAUUAACGAUUACCUACGCUACCUCGUUUCCUGCAGAAAGUACAUCAGUGACAUGGAUUUGAAAAUGAAGGAAUUAAAAGAAGCAAAAGACAAUGUUGAAGAGCACAAGAAUCAUAACAUUAGUAAUCGUCUUGAGGUUCCAGCAGCUCAAGUCCAGAGCUGGUUGGAAGAUGUAGAAAAGAUCAAUGCAAAAGUGGAAACUGUUUCUAAAGAUGUCGGCUGUUGCUUCAAUCUAAAGAUUAGGUACAGGGCCGGAAGGGAUGCCUUCAAUAUAAUUGAGGAGAUCGACAGUGUCAUGAGACGACACUCUCUGAUCACUUGGACCGAUCAUCCCAUUCCUUUGGGAAGAGUUGAUUCCGUGAUGGCAUCCACCUCUACGCUUUCAACUGAACACAAUGACUUCCAGUCAAGAGAGGUAAGGUUUAGUGAAGCACUCAAAGCACUUGAGGCCAACCACAUGAUAGCCUUAUGUGGAAUGGGGGGAGUGGGGAAGACCCACAUGAUGCAAAGGCUGAAGAAGGUUGCCAAAGAAAAGAGGAAGUUUGGUUAUAUCAUCGAGGCGGUUAUAGGGGAAAUAUCGGACCCCAUUGCUAUUCAGCAAGUUGUAGCAGAUUACCUAUGCAUAGAACUGAAAGAAAGCGAUAAGAAAACAAGAGCUGAGAAGCUUCGUCAAGGGUUCAAGGCCAAAUCAGAUGGAGGUAACACUAAGUUCCUCAUAAUAUUGGAUGAUGUCUGGCAGUCCGUUGAUCUAGAAGAUAUUGGUUUAAGCCCUUCUCCCAAUCAAGGUGUCGACUUCAAGGUCUUGUUGACUUCACGAGACGAACAUGUUUGCUCAGUGAUGGGGGUUGAAGCUAAUUCAAUUAUUAACGUGGGACUUCUAAUUGAAGCAGAAGCACAAAGAUUGUUCCAGCAAUUUGUAGAAACUUCUGAGCCCGAGCUCCACAAGAUAGGAGAAGAUAUUGUUAGGAGGUGUUGCGGUCUACCCAUUGCCAUCAAAACCAUGGCGUGUACUCUAAGAAAUAAAAGAAAGGAUGCAUGGAAGGAUGCACUUUCUCGUUUACAACACCAUGACAUUGGUAAUGUUGCUACUGCAGUUUUUAGAACCAGCUAUGAGAAUCUCCCGGACAAGGAGACAAAAUCUGUUUUUUUGAUGUGUGGUUUGUUUCCCGAAGACUUCAAUAUUCCUACCGAGGAGUUGAUGAGGUAUGGAUGGGGCUUAAAGUUAUUUGAUAGAGUUUAUACAAUUAUAGAAGCAAGAAACAGGCUCAACACCUGCAUUGAGCGACUGGUGCAGACAAAUUUACUAAUUGGAAGUGAUAAUGGUGUACACGUCAAGAUGCAUGAUCUGGUCCGUGCUUUUGUUUUGGGUAUGUAUUCUGAAGUCGAGCAAGCUUCAAUUGUCAACCAUGGUAAUAUGCUUGGGUGGCCUGAUGAAAAUGAUAUGAUCGUGCACUCUUGCAAAAGAAUUUCAUUAACAUGCAAGGGUAUGAUUGAGAUUCCAGUAGACCUCAAGUUUCCUAAACUAACGAUUUUGAAACUUAUGCAUGGAGAUAAGUCUCUAAAGUUUCCUCAAGAAUUUUAUGAAGGAAUGGAAAAGCUCCAGGUUAUAUCAUACGAUAAAAUGAAGUACCCAUUGCUUCCUUUGGCACCUCAAUGCUCCACCAACAUUCGGGUGCUUCAUCUCACUGAAUGUUCAUUAAAGAUGUUUGAUUGCUCUUCUAUCGGAAAUCUAUCGAAUCUGGAAGUGCUGAGCUUUGCUAAUUCUCGCAUUGAAUGGUUACCUUCCACAGUCAGAAAUUUAAAGAAGUUAAGGUUACUUGAUCUGAGAUUUUGUGAUGGUCUCCGUAUAGAACAGGGUGUCUUGAAAAGUUUGGUUAAACUUGAAGAAUUUUAUAUUGGAAAUGCGUCUGGAUUCACAGAUGAUAACUGCAAUGAGAUGGUGGAGCGUUCAAACAGCCUUUCUGCCUUAGAAUUCGAGUUUUUUAAUAACAAAGCUGAAGUGAAAAAUAUGUCAUUUGAGAAUCUUGAACGAUUCAAGAUCUCAGUGGGGUGCUCUUUAGAUGGAGAUAUUAGUGAGAGUAGGCACUCAUAUGAAAACACGUUGCAGUUGCUGACCAAAAAAGGUGAUGUAUUCGAGUCUCAACUUAAUGAGUUGUUUGUAAAAACAGAGGUUCUUUGUUUAAGCAUGGAUGGUAUGAAUAAUCUUGAAGAUGAGGUGAAGUCGACACAUUCUCCUCGGUCCUCUUCAUUCUGCAAUUUAAAAGUCCUUAUUAUUUCAAAGUGUAUAGAGUUGAGAUACCUCUUCAAACUCCAUGUUGCAAACACUUUGUCAAGCCUUGAGCAUCUAGAAGUUUGUGAAUGCGAGAAUAUGGAAGAACUCAUACAUACUGGGAUUGGGGGUUGUGGAGAAGAGACAAUUACUUUCCCCAAGCUGAAGUCUUUAUCUUUGAGUCAACUACCGAAGUUAUCAGGUUUGUGCCAUAAUGUCAAGAUAAUUGGGCUACCACAUCUCGUAGACUUGAAACUUAAGGGCAUUCCAGGUUUCACAGUCAUUUAUCCGCAGAACAAGUUGCGAACAUCUAGUUUGUUGAAGGAAGAGGUUGUGAUUCCUAAGUUGGAGACACUUCGAAUUGAUGACAUGGAGAACUUAGAAGAAAUAUGGCCUUGUGAACUUAGUGGAGGUGAGAAAGUUAAGUUGAGAGAGAUUAAAGUGAGAAAUUGUAAUAAACUUGUGAAUCUAUUUCCGCACAAUCCCAUGUCUCUGCUGCAUCAUCUUGAGGAGCUUAAAGUCGUGGAUUGUGGUUCCAUUGAAUCGUUAUUCAACAUCGACUUGGAUUGUGCCGGUGCAAUUGGAGAACAAGACAACAUCGGUAGCUUAAUAAGAAGCAUCAAAGUGGAGACUUCAGGGAAGCUAAGAGAGGUGUGGAGGAUAAAAGGUGUAGAUAACUCUUGUCCUCUCGUUCGUGGAUUUCAAGCUGUUGAAAGCAUAAGCAUCAGAGGAUGUGAGAGGUUUAGAAAUGUAUUCAUGCCUACCACCACCAAUUUUGAUCUGGGGGCACUUUUGGAGAUUCAGAUAAAAGAUUGCGGAGAAAAUCACGAAUCGGAAGAGCAGACUGAUAUUCAGUCAGAGGAAGAGACAUUACAAGAAGCCACUGCCAGUAUUUCUAAUGAAUUGAAGCUAUUUUAUAUGGACAACAUGAGUCAUGUGUGGAAGUGCAGCAACUGGAAUAAAUUCUUCACUCUUCCAAAACAACAAUCAGAAUCCCCAUUCCACAACCUCACAACCAUAAGUAUUGAUAACUGCGAAAGCAUUAAGUACUUGUUUUCGCCUCUCAUGGCAGAACUUCUUUCCAACCUAAAGAAAGUCAAGAUACAUGGGUGUGAUGGUAUUGAAGAAGUUGUUUCAAACAGAGAUGAUGAGGAUGAAGAAAUGACUACAUUUACAUCUACCCACACAACCACCAUCUUGUUCCCUCAUCUUGAUUCUCUCACUCUAAGAUUCCUAAAGAAUCUGAAGUGUAUUGGUGGAGGUGGUGCCAAGGAUGAGGGGAGCAAUGAAAUAUCUUUCAAUAAUACCACUGCAACUACUGCUGUUCUUGAUCAAUUUGAGUUGUCUGAAGCAGGUGGUGUUUGUUGGAGCUUAUGCCAAUACUCUAGAGAGAUAGAGAUAUAUAGGUGUGAUGCACUGUCAAGUGUAAUUCCAUGUUAUGCAGCAGGACAAAUGCAAAAGCUUCAAGUGCUGAAAAUAGGCUUUUGCAAUGGGAUGAAUGAGUUAUUUGAAACUCAAUUAGGGAUGAGCAGCAACAAAAACAACGAGAAGAGUGGUUGUGAGGAAGGAAUUCCAAGAGUAAAUAACAAUGUUAUUAUGCUUCCCAAUCUAAAGAUAUUAAGUAUUGAAAAUUGUGGGGGUUUGGAAGAUAUAUUCACAUUCUCUGCACUUGAAAGCCUGAGACAGCUCCAAGAGUUAAAGAUAGAGGAUUGCUACAGAAUGAAAGUGAUUGUGAAGAAGGAAGAAGAUGAAUAUGGAGAGCAGCAAACAACAACAACAACAACGAAGGUUGUGGUCUUUCCCCGUCUAAAGUCCAUUGAACUAGUGGGUCUACGAGAGCUGGAGGGUUUCUUCUUGGGGAAGAAUGAGUUCCAGAUGCCUUCAUUAGAUAAACUUAUCAUCAACAAAUGCCCAAAAAUGAUGGUGUUUGCAGCUGGUGGGUCCACAGCUCCCCAACUCAAGUAUAUACACACAGAAUUAGGCAGACAUGCUCUUGAUCAAGAAUCUGGCCUUAACUUUCAUCAGACCUCAUUCCAAAGUUUAUACGGUGACACCUCGAGCCCUGCUACUUCAGAAAGGAUACCUUGGUCUUUUCAUAACUUGAUCGAAUUAGAUGUCAAAUUUAAUGAGGAUGUUAAAAAGAUUAUUCCAUCCAGUGAGUUGCUGCAACUGCAAAAGCUGGAAAAGAUUCAUGUGAGUUAUUGUAAUUGGGUAGAGGAGGUAUUUGAAACUGCAUUGGAAGCAGCAGGGAGAAAUAGAAAUAGUGGAAGUGGUUUUGAUGAAUCAUCACAAACAACUACUACUACUCUUGUCAAUCUUCCAAACCUCAAAGAAAUGAGGUUGAAGUGGCUAAGUAAUCUGAGGUAUAUAUGGAAGAGCAAUCAGUGGACAGCAUUUGAGUUUCCAAACCUAACAAGAGUCGAAAUUUAUGAAUGUAAUUCAUUAGAACAUGUAUUUACUAGUUCCAUGGUUGGUAGUCUAUUGCAACUCCAAGAGCUACGCAUAUGCAGCUGCAGUCAGAUAGAGGUCGUGAUUGUUCAGGAUGCAGAUGUUUGUGUAGAAGAAGACAAAGAGAAAGAAUCUGAUGGCAAGACGAAUAAGGAGAUACUUGUGUUACCUCGUCUAAAGUCCUUGAAAUUACAACUUCUUCAAAGUCUUAAGGGGUUUAGCUUGGGGAAGGAGGAUUUUUCAUUCCCAUUAUUGGAUACUUUGAGCAUUUCCAGAUGCCCAGCAAUAACCACCUUCACCAACGGAAAUUCCGCUACUCCACAGCUAAAAGAAAUUGAAACACAUUUUGGCUCGUUUUAUGCUGCAGGGGAAAAAGACAUCAACUCUCUUAUAAAGAUCAAACAACAGGAUUUCAAAUAAGACUCUGAUUAAUGUGAAGUGAAUAUUAAAGGAUGAAUAUUCAAGGGAAGAAUUGUUCAUCAUAUGAAGGACAUUAAAGAACAUGGAUGCUAUGAAGAUGUUGGGAAAACAUAUGUAUCAAGUAGCAAGCUGCAUAAUGAUCUAAGUUUGUUGGUUGAGGAUGUUGAUUUUUUAAUUUCAAAUUCAUUGGUAUCAUUAUAUGGGCUUAUCAAUAGUGUUAAUGGGAUAAUGAGUGACUUAACCUAAAUUAUGUUGUUGGUAAAUGUUGGACAAGUAUGGAAAAUUAGGAAUGACUUGUGAAAAAUAUAUGCAAAAAUAUUAUGAAACUAUAGUAUAUAAAUAAAUGCAACAUACUGUUUGGA